CCGACAGCGGGGUUUGUGCGGCCGGUACUGCCGCCGGCAACGGCUUGGCCGAGAGCCGGCACCGCAACGUCCCGAGAGGCAUCGGGCCAUCGGCAACUGACAAUGAUGUGGGCACAUAUGGGAAAGUCAGUUAUUUUUUCAGCGAUGACCCUGACCGUUUCUCGCUGGACAAGGACACGGGUGUAAUCCUCCUGACGGCUCGGCUGGACUUCGAGACCAUGCAGCGCUAUACCCUGACCGUCAUCGCCCGGGACGGCGGUGGGGAGGAGACGACAGGGCGCGUCCGGAUCAAUGUCCUCGAUGUCAAUGACAACAUCCCCACCUUCCAGAAGGAGGCAUACCUGGGGGCCCUGCGGGAAAACGAGCCCUCAGUCACCCAGGUGGUCCGGCUCCGGGCAUCUGAUGAGGACUCCCCUCCAAACAACCAGAUCACCUACAGCAUCGUGCACGCGUCUGCCUUCCGUGACUACUUUGACAUCGCGGUGUCGGAAGGGUACGGAGUGAUUAGCGUGAACCACCCCCUCGACUACGAGCAGGUAGCCAACGGGGUUAUUUACCUGAUGGUGAUGGCCAAGGAUGCCGGCAACCCGCCACUCAACAGCACCGUCCCCGUCACCAUCGAGGUGUUUGAUGAAAAUGACAACCCCCCCACGUUCAGCAAGCCCUCCUACGUUAUAACCGUCAUGGAGGACAUCAUGGCAGGAGCCACGGUGCUGUUUCUCAAUGCCACGGACAUGGAUCGGUCCAGGGAAUACGGGCAGGAGUCAAUCAUCUACUCCCUGGAGGGCUCCUCACAUUUUCGGAUCAAUGCUCGCUCAGGAGAAAUCACAACAACAUCUUUGCUGGACCGGGAGGCCAAAUCCGAAUACAUCCUCAUUGUCCGGGCGGUGGAUGGAGGCGUGGGCCACCACCAGAAGACGGGCAUUGCGAUGGUGAACAUCACGCUGCUGGACAUCAAUGACAACUAUCCCACGUGGAAAGAUGAGCCGUAUUUCAUUAACCUGGUGGAAAUGACCCCCCCCAACUCAGACGUCACCACGGUGGUGGCCAUCGACCCAGACCUGGGGGAGAACGGCACGGUGGUGUACAGCAUCCGACCCCCCAACAAGUUCUACAGCCUCAACAGCACCACGGGCAAGAUCCGCACCACCGGCGUCCUCCUGGACCGGGAGAACCCCAACGCCCAGGAAGCCCAGCUGAUGCGGAGGAUCGUGGUGUCGGUCACUGACUGUGGGAGGCCACCCCUGCGAGCUACCAGCAGCGCCACGGUUUUCGUCAACCUGCUGGACCUGAACGAUAACGACCCCACUUUCCAAAACCUGCCCUUCGCCGCUGAGAUCGCCGAGGGCCUUCCCGCAGGCUCCUCCGUCUUCCAGGUAGUGGCCAUCGACCUGGACGAGGGUCCGAAUGGGCAGGUGACGUACCGCAUGCAGGUGGGGAUGCCCCGCAUGGAUUUCCUCAUCAAUAGCACCAGCGGGCUCGUCACCUCCACCACCGUGCUGGACAGGGAGAGGAUCGCCGAGUACUACCUGCGGGUGGUGGCCAGCGAUGCCGGCGUGCCCUCCAAGAGCUCCACCAGCACCCUGACUGUCAAAGUUCUGGACGUGAACGACGAGAACCCCACCUUCUUCCCAACUGUCUACAACGUGUCGCUGCCCGAAAAUGUGGCCCGGGAUUUCAAAGUGGUCCGGCUCAACUGCACAGAUGCUGACAUUGGGCUGAAUGCUGAGCUCAGCUACUUCAUCACAGGUGGGAACCAGGAUGGCAAAUUCAGCGUCGGCUUCAGGGAUGGGGUGGUCAGGACUGUCGUGAGUCUGGACAGGGAGACGGUGGCAUCGUACACGCUGAUCCUGGAGGCCAUCGACAACGGCCCCACAGGGAACCGACGCACUGGGACUGCCACCGUGUACGUGACCGUCCUGGAUGUCAAUGACAACCGACCCAUCUUCCUUCAGAGCAGCUACGAAGUCAGCGUCCCCGAGGACAUCCCGGCUGCCAGCAGCAUAGUGCAGGUGAAAGCCACAGAUGCGGAUGAAGGCGUCAACGGGAGAGUGUGGUACAGGAUUGUCAAGGGAAACGAGCACAACAACUUCCGCAUCAAUCCCAGCACGGGGCUGGUGAUGCGAGGCGUGCGGCACCUUGACAGGGAGCAAAACUCCUCGCAUGUCCUGGAGGUGGAGGCCUACAACACGGAGCAGGGACCCAUGAGGAGUUCUGUGCGGGUGAUCAUCUAUGUGGAAGAUGUCAACGACGAGGUGCCAGUGUUCACCCAGCGGCAGUACAACCGCCUGGGGCUGCGGGAGACAGCGGGGAUAGGGACUUCGGUGGCAGUGGUCCGGGCCACCGACCGAGACACAGGGAACGGCGGUCUGGUGAACUACAAAAUCCUGUCGGGCGCAGAAGGGAAGUUUGAGAUCGAUGAGAGCACGGGCCUCAUCACGACGAUUGAGUACCUGGACUAUGAGACAAAAACCAGCUACCUGAUGAAUGUCUCUGCCACGGACCAAGCACCCCCCAACAACCAGGGCUUCUGCAGCGUGUACGUCAGCCUGCUGAAUGAGCUGGAUGAGGCCGUGCAGUUCUCCAACAGCAGCUACGAGGCCGUGAUCAUGGAGAACAUCCCCCUGGGCUCUGAGGUGCUCCGGGUCCAAGCCCGCUCCAUCGACAACCUCAACCAGAUCACCUACAAGUUUGACCCCAACACCAACGCCCAGGCGCUCUCCCUCUUCAAAAUCAACGGCAUCACUGGUGUGAUCACGGUCAAAGGCCAGGUGGAUCGAGAGAAAGGGGAUUUCUACACCUUGACGGUGGUGGCUGAUGAUGGAGGACCGAAGAUUGACUCAACGGUGGUGACCAUCACAGUCUUGGACGAGAACGACAACAGCCCCCAGUUCGACAUCACCUCCGACUCCUCCGUGAGCGUGGCAGAGGACAGCGCGGUCGGCAAGCGGGUGGCCGUGGUCCUGGCCCGCGACCCAGACGCAGGCAGCAACGGGCAGGUGACUUUCUCGCUGACGUCGGGGAACAUUGGCCGAGCUUUCGAGAUCCGGACCACCAACAACACCUACGGCGAGGUGUUUGUGGCACGGCCGCUGGACCGGGAGCUGCUGGAUCACUACACCUUACGGAUCCAAGCCUCGGAUGGCGGCAUGCCUCCCCGGAGGAAGGAGCACACUCUGCGAGUGAGCAUCCUUGACAUCAACGACAACCCCCCCAUCAUCGACAGCCCCUUCGGCUACAACGUGAGCGUGAAUGAGAACGUCGGCGGUGGCACGGCGGUAGCCCAAGUACGUGCCACCGACCGGGACGUCGGCCUCAACAGCGUCCUCUCCUACUACAUCACCCGUGGGAACGAGGACCUGACCUUCCGCAUGGACCGCGUCACCGGUGAGAUCGCCACCCGACCGUCCCCGCCCGACCGCGAGCGACAGAGCUUCUACAGCCUGGUGGUCACCGUCGAGGACGAGGGCAACCCCUCCCUGUCG